CCAAAUAACGCGGUAAAGAGAGCAGAGCCUUAAAGCUAAACUCUCGCGUAGCUUACGGUUGCAAACACGCCGAAACUAAAUAUUUAUUUAUUCAAUUAAACAUAAAUGUCUUCAAAAAAUACAAAUACGACAUCUGCAAGUAAUAAAAUAGAAACAAUACAACGUUUUUCUCCACUAACGAGCAAUUCCUGCUUGUUUUGUGUAUUUGAUUUGGUCGCGUCCGGCGGCGCGCGCGGACGUAACGUGUUUGGGUACGUACUGAUGACGUCAGCGUCUCGCGGUGAGGAGAAGGGCGGCGGAGGCAGAAAAUGCUCCGAGAACCGUCUCCGGAAUCAGACAAACCUGCCUCCCGAUGUACAUGAGACAUUUUAUCAGACUGUUUUCAGCGAUGGCUGGACCCAGGCCCGUGGUGUUCAGUGGCCCGUCGGGGGCGGGAAAGAGCACCCUGCUGAAGAAACUCAUGAGCGAAUACGACAGCGUGUUUGGCUUCAGCGUGUCCCAUACGACCAGAAAGCCUCGACCUGGAGAGCAGAACGGCAUCGAUUACCACUUCGUUUCCCGCGAGGAGAUGCAGGCCGGCAUCAACAACGGAGACUUCAUUGAGAACGCCGAGUUCUCCGGGAACCUGUACGGAACCAGUAAAGCCGCCGUGCAGGCCGUCCAGGCCAAGAACCUCAUCUGCAUUCUGGACAUCGACAUGCAGGGCGUGAAGAACAUCAAGCAGACCGACCUCAACCCCAUGUACAUCUCCAUCCAGCCUCCGUCUUUGGAAGUCCUGGAGGAACGUCUAAGAGGCAGAAAGACGGAGUCAGAGGAGAGCGUCCAGAAGCGUUUACGUGCAGCCAAAGUAGACAUGGAGUUUAGUAAAGAACCAAAUGUCUUUGAUGUGGUGAUUGUCAACAAUAAUUUGGAGGAGGCUUACGGGAGUCUAAAACAAGCUCUUCAUGAGGAAAUUACGAAGGUGAAGGAAGUCAAAGCCUCUUCAUGAAACGCGGCAUCUUUUUGACAUAUUUGAGUCUUGUCCAGUCACUCCUUUACAUCUUGUUUUUGUACAUUCCUUCAGAUGGUUUGUGAAGCUACAACAACACACCUCUGCCUCCAAAAACACCUUUUACAAUCUCUAGGUUUUACAAUGUUGGAGUAGCUGUUUCCAAAAUAUAGUUUAUUUAGUUGUUUUUACAUUAAUGGAGUUAGUACGCAAAUACGUUUUACUUGAAGUCCAAUUAUUUUAUCAUCAUGUUGACAAAAUGAACAGCAGACAUAAUUUUCUAUAGUAGUUCUGUCAUGGGGAGGAGUUCAGUCCACAACUGUGUCUGUUUCUUUUUUUGAUUGUGUAUCGAUGUAGAAAAGUUAACCUUUUCCUCUUAUUUUAAGAUAUUGAAUCCUUUUAUUUUUUUAUUAAUUUGUUUGUGCUAAAAUAAUGUAACUACAGAGGAAGGUUUGCUUCCCGUCUACGCUUCUGUUGGUGCUUUAAGUGGAAAUAUUUUAAAAGUGUAUAUUUGUACAAAAAUGUUGUGUAUUUUUCUCACUUUACAGCUUCAUCUGUACAGUAAAAAGUCUUUAAGUCUAAGGAUACGGUGACACUUUAUCUUUGUAUACAUCCUGUAAAAUAAAGCACAGAGAAUAUCUUACCUGGAACAAAA